CUCGGGGACUCAACGGGACUCUAGCUGUGGAGGACAGUUCAGAACAUGGGUGGUCGGUGCACACAGCAGGGACAGUUCAAAACCAUGGGUGGUCAGUGCGCACACCAGGGACAGUUCAGAACACGGGUGGUCGGUGCACGCAGCAGGGGCAGUUCCAAAACACGGGUGGUCGGUGCACACAACAGGGACAGUUCGGAACACGGGUGGCCUGUGCACACAGCAGGGACAGUUCAAAACACAGGUGGCCUGUGCACACAGCAGGGACCGUUCAAAACACGGGUGGUCGGUGCACACAGCAGGGACAGUUCAAAACACGGGUGGUCGGUGCGCACAACAGGGACAGUUCAGGAC